AUGGAGAAUCAAACAUUAUCUCCGUCAUCGUGUUUUCUUUUUGAAAAUACAGAUGAAUCAAUUUAUCCGAGUGAUUUGGUUUUAAAUAUUAUGGAAGAUUCAUCAUCAUCAUCAUCAUCUUCAUUGACGAAUACAAAUGGAAGUUUAUCUCCGUCAUCACCACUUGAUAUGUCAAAAAAUCCAAUGUCAUGCGCGUGUUGUAUGUUCUAUUGUAAACCAAAUUCACAUCCGUUCCAAGAACGUUGCAUUCCACUUAAUGAACAAGUUAAAAUUGGACGCGCUGUCGCACGACUUAAACCUCUUCCGACUAAUGCAAUUUUUGAUUGUAAAGUUCUUUCACGUCAACAUGCAAAAAUUUGGUAUGAAAAUGGAAAAUUUUUAUUGCAAGAUACAAAAAGUUCGAAUGGUACAUUUGUUAACAAUCAACGCUUAGGGAAAUGUAAUGAAGAAAGUCCACCAUUUGAAAUUUGUUCGGAUGAUGUAAUUCAAUUCGGUGUUGAUGUUACUGAAAACAAUCGAAAAACUAUCCAUAAUUGUAUUAUUAUGGAAGUUAAACUCUUUCAUUCGGAUGGCAAUGAAUGUGUCUCGCGAAAUGCUAAUGGUCAAUCGUUAGCUCAAAUGACAGAACUGGAUAUAAAUACUCAAACUUUAUAUCAAUUAGCACAAUAUAUUCAAGUAAAUUAA